AUGUAUGAGUUCAAAGGAGGGAGGCGACCAACAGUCUCACUCACCUUUGCUGCUUAUGAACCAGCAUUGAAUGAUAGCCUAAGGGUACAAGACCUGACAGAGGUUGUUGAUCUUUCUAGAUUUAAAAACUUAAGAUAUUUGUGGCUCCAUCAUAAUAAGCUGCAAGGGAUAUCAUUUUUAACUCAAAACUACUGUCUGGCGGAGCUGUAUCUAAACCACAACGACCUAUUCCAGAUAGAAGGCCUGCAUAACUUGCCUUCACUGAAUAUUCUCCUGUUGCACCACAAUGAGCUAACAAACAUCGAUGCUACUGUGAAGGAACUAAAGGGAAUGCAGAAUCUAAAGACCCUAAGUCUGUACCAAAACCCUCUGUCCCAGUAUAACCUCUACCGCUUGUAUAUAAUCUACCACCUUCCAGUACUGGAGUUACUUGAUCGGAAGGAAAUUACAGCGAAAGAGAGGAGAAACAUGAUUACCAUUUUUAACCACAAAAAAACUCAUGUCCUUCAAUCAAUAGCAUUCGGAAAAAGAGCGGAUGCCUCAUGGAACCCCAAGUUAGCAAUAAAGCAAAAACGAGUCAAAAAGCUUCCCCCAGAUUUUGCAUUUGCGGAUAAUCUUGACAAGACAGUAUUUGAUGACCCUGAAGAUGCUGUGUUUGUAAGAUCCACAAAGAGAUCACUGAUGACCUUUACCUCCAUGAACUGGGACACCGUUCUAACACGAAGAGAGAAGUAUGAAAAGAAAAAGAGCUCUGCUACGCAGAUGCUCAUGAUUUCCCUGCGGUGACAGCAUUUCCAGGAAACCUGGUGCUGUUCAGUUACAUGUGAAAACACUUCCGUGAUUUAGCUCCUUAUACACUGAUUGCUAACUGAAAUUUUAAAAUAGACGGAUCAGUGGUGAGAAUU